AUGGACGAAAACCUCACCAUUGUUGUUGACUGUGAAACAUCUUUAAAAAUGAAAAAACCAAAAUUCGGAUGGGAUAAUCGUAGCUUCAUGGUGUUUGUUGAUUCAUUUGUAAUUGAAGUAAGAAAAUGCAAUAAAACCGGUACUCACUUAACUAAAGUUGGGUGGGAGAAUAUACAAAAACACAUGAAGGACAAAACAGAGUGGAAGCUUUAUGACCAAUUAAUGAGGCUUGAAACCGGACUCGGUGGGACGAGAAGCCUAAUAGAUGCAUCGCCCGAGUGGUGGGAUGAGAAAAUAAAGGAGAAUAAAGAUUAUGCAAAAUUUAGGAACGUAAAUUUAAGCAUAUUUGAUGAGAAAUCCGUUGCCGUUGGAGAUCAGACUAUGACUCCAUUACAGUUUCAAAACAAUAGCAAUCCAAACGGAGAAAAUGUGGAGGGCAAAGGAGAUAGUGAUGAUAUCAAUUUAGAUGAUGAAGUUGAGCCUCUUUUUCCUAGUUUCCAUUAA